UCUCUCCGCCCCUUUCUUUGUGAUAGACAUAUUUGACAAAUAGCAAUGCAUAAAUCGAAUGACAGACACAGCCGUGGACCAAUCAGUGAUCUACUGGUGCUGCCCUCUAACAGACCGAAAGCUACCUGAGCAAGUCCUACUUUGUUUAUGUCACAUAGCUAGCUAGCUACAUAGCUUGCUAACUGACAGCUUCAAGAGUGCUGUUUUCUUACGAACGUUCACUACACCGAUGCAUACAUUUCUGCCGUAGAAGUUAAAUCUAGAUGUACAGGAUCUGGGUUUGAUCGGUGGCAGGGCUGAGAUGUUUUGUUGAAUGAAGGAGCGAACGCCCUGGUGCCGUUAGGAGAAUGAACUCCAUCACCGGUCGGGAUCACCCUGUCAACUCUGGAGCUUCAUCUUCUCGAGCCUUGCACGUUGAGCUCACAUCUCAGCAGAGGCGGUUACGUCAUCUCAGAAGCAUCGCAGCCCGCAACAUCGUCAACAAGAAUGGCUCUCCACUACUGGACACAUAUUUUACCCUUCAUCUCUGCUUAGAGGACCGGAUAUCCAGAGACUUUUACAAGAGUGAGGUCAUCCGAGAUUCAUUGAAUCCAACAUGGCGGAGCCUGGAUUUUGGCAUGCUGCCGGACCUCCUGGACACGUCUGUGUCCUGCUUUGUGGUGAAGAUCUGGGGCGGCCGAGAGGAACAGUUCAUACUUCUCAUAGAGUGGAAGGUCAACCUGGACGGGCUUAGAUACACAGGGCAACAGAUCCGCUCCAGGAAUCCAAAUGAGAUCAUAUUUGGAUUGAAUGAUGGCUACUAUGCAGCUGACUUUGAUCAUAAGGACCACUCUGAGAGGAAGAAGAACAGUUUACUCCAGGUGGACCAGAGUUCAGUGAGGAACUCCUACAGUGUCUUCUCUCUGCUGAGGCUCCACACGGCCCAGAGAGCCAUCAAGCAGACCCAGGUGACCGUGCAGAAGAUCGGCAAGGAUAUUGAGGAGAAACUAAGGACGACAACGGCCUGCACCAAGCGUAAGAAGGAACGGGAGUGUAUGCAGCUGCGUCUGGGAACGCUACGCAGUGAGCUGGAGAGACAGAGGAAAGCGCUGGGCCGGGAGACAGACCUGCGACAGAAGGAGAGAGCAGUGCUUCAGAAGAAAGAGGAGUCAUUCUCCACCAAACACCGGAGUCUGGAGCUUGAGAGGGAGUUGUUAACAGAGCAGCAGAAAGAAUGCACUGCCAAAAGGGAGCUGUUCCUCAAGUCCAAUGCUCAGCUCACCUUCCGCUGUCGCCAGCUCCUCUCUGAGCUGUCCUACAUCUACCCCAUCGACUUGGUCACCACAGCCGCUAAUCAGUCCGAUUAUGUCAUCUGUGGAGUGAAGCUGCCCAACUCGGAGGAUUUUCAAGCGAAGGAUGAUGGGAGCGUGGCGGUUGCCCUGGGUUACACGGCCCACCUGGUGCUGAUGAUCAGCUGCUUCUUGCAGAUCCCUCUUAGAUAUCCUGUGAUCCACAAGGGUUCCCGCUCCUCCAUCAAGGACACCAUCACAGAUAAGCUCAGCGAGAAGGAGAGAGAAUUCCCCCUGUACCCUCGAGGAGAACGCUUUCAGUUUGAAUAUGGAGUCUACCUGAUCAACAAGAACAUCGCCCAGCUGAGAUACCAGCAUGGUCUGUCCACUCCAGACCUCCGUCAGACCCUGCCCAACCUCAAGAACUUCCUGGAGCACGGCCUUCUAGUCCGAUGUGACCGGCACCAUGUCUCCAGCUCCAUCCCGGUCCCGACAGGAGCCAAGUCUCAGCUCAGUGUCUCGGCUACGUCCGAAGUGGGCUUCCCCAGCCACACCAGCUCUCCAGAUCUGGGCUCACUGAGGAAAAGGGCCAGUUCCGAGGCAGACAAGCAGAAGUACAAGGCCUCCCCUCCUCCCAGCUACGACACGACCAUGUCCAUGGACCAGCCCCAGAGUGCACCGCCCGACCCCAAACCCUCCCCCAAGCACUUGUCCUCCUCCCUGGACUCUAGCAUUGACCUGGCCAAGACUCUGGAGGUUCAGGGACCAGCCCUGGGGGAGGGAGAAAGAGAGGUAGAAAAAGAGGUAAAGGAGGUUGUGGAGGAGCAAGAGCAACAGCCCUCCAGCACUACUACAGGAGGCUCAGAUUCCCCCACUCCGGCUGGAAGCACCACCAGUGAGCAGCAUGCAGACCAUACCAUGAAUGGCUCAGUAGUGCAAGGCGAGGGGCUGGGGGCGCGCGCAACAGGGCUAAUGUUGACCAUAGCAUUAAACCCAGAGAUGUGCUGCUCAGUGGAGCAGGCAGAGGAGAUUAUGGGGACAGAGGCCACAGGCCUGGGUUUAGGGAUGGGCCUUGUAGAUGGGGCCAGGCUGGAGGACUACCCCUGCAUCCCCGUGGAGCACGCCGUGGCCGUGGAGUGUGACGAGCAGGUUCUGGGCGAGCUGGAUGCCGCCGGCUUCGAGGAGUUCUCCCGCCGCAUCUAUGCACUAAACGAGAACAUGUCCAGCUUCCGCAGGCCACGCAAGAACUCUGAGAAGUGAGGACAGGUGGGACCUUAGGGGUGAGGACAGGAGUCACAUGGCACAUGAGUCAGGGACAUGAACAUAGUGCAGGGGGGGGGGGUCCUGUGUGUGUGCUUUGGUGUGAUUGUCCCUCUCCCCAAGCAGCAAUAGAAAAACAAACAUAGGCGCUACAUUAUCUGGAAUGAUGACCAAUUUGCACUUCUUCUCGAAAAAUAUUUCUAUAAUCCUUUAAAUGAAAUAAAGCGAAUGUUUGUGAUUGAAA